AUGUGGAUUGAGGAAAGACUUUGGGGAAAUUUGUCAAAGAAAGGCAGUGGAUGUCUGGAUGACGUUGAUCGUAAGACUUCUUUGGCCGCUAUUGUGGUUGGAUCUCAUGUUUGGGUUGAGGAUCCUGAUAUAGCUUGGAAUGAGGGGCAUGUUUUGGAAGUCAAGGGUGAGGAGAUUAAAGUAAAAUGUAUCACAGGGAAGACGGUUGUAGCUAAGCCAUCUAGUGUCUACCCAAAAGAUACUGAAGCCCCUGAAGGUGGUGUGGAUGAUAUGACAAAGCUUGCCUAUCUGCAUGAACCUGGAGUUUUGGCUAAUUUAAAAAGUAGAUAUACCAUGAAUGAAAUUUACACUUACACAGGUAACAUAUUGAUCGCUGUGAAUCCUUUUAAAAGGUUGCCUAGUCUAUAUGUAAAAGAUGUGAUGGAAAAGUAUAAAGGAUCUGCAUUUGGGGAGUUAAGCCCUCAUCCUUUUGCUAUUGCAGAUUCUGCUUACAGACAGAUGGUGAACGAUGCGAUAAGCCAGUCAAUUUUGGUUAGUGGAGAAAGUGGAGCUGGCAAGACUGAAAGCACAAAAAGUCUUAUGCAAUAUCUUGCAUAUAUGGGAGGUAGAGCUGCAUCUGAGGGGAGGUCUGUGGAACAGCAAGUCCUUGAGUCAAAUCCGGUUCUUGAAGCAUUUGGCAAUGCAAAAACAGUGAGAAACAACAAUUCAAGUCGUUUUGGUAAAUUUGUUGAGCUUCAGUUUAACAAAGGUGGAAAAAUCUCUGGUGCUGCUAUCAGAACAUAUCUGCUGGAACGAUCUCGUGUUUGUCAAGUGUCUGAUCCUGAAAGAAAUUAUCACUGCUUCUACAUGCUUUGUGCUGCACCGCCAGAGGAUGUUGCAAAAUACAAAUUGACAAAUCCUAGGUCAUUUCAUUAUCUGAACCAAUCAAACUUCUAUCAAUUGGAAGGCUUGGAUGAAUCUAAAGAGUACCUUGCCACUAGGAGGGCUAUGGGUGUUGUAGGAAUCAAUACUGAUGAGCAGGAGGCAAUUUUUAGAGUUGUGGCUGCAAUACUUCACUUGGGUAAUGUUGAGUUUGCAAAGGGAAAAGACCCUGAUUCUUCAGAACCCAAAGAUGAUCAAUCUCGUUUCCAUCUUAAGACUGUAGCUGAACUUCUCAUGUGUGAUGAGAAAGCACUUGAGAGUUCCUUGGUCAAACGCAUCAUGGUGACUCGCGAUGAGAAGAUAACAAAAUCACUUGAUGCACAAGCUGCUGCAAUCAAUAGAGAUGCUCUGGCAAAAACUGUCUAUUCUAGACUAUUUGAUUGGCUUGUGGAAAAGAUAAACAAUUCUAUUGGCCAAGAUCCUGAUUCCAACCUUUUAAUUGGGAUUCUGGAUAUUUAUGGAUUUGAGAGUUUCAAGACAAACAGUUUUGAACAAUUUUGUAUUAAUUUGACUAAUGAAAAACUGCAGCAACAUUUCAACCAGCAUGUGUUUAAGAUGGAGCAAGAAGAGUAUACCAAAGAGCAAAUUGACUGGAGUUAUAUUGAGUUUGUUGAUAACCAAGAUAUUCUCGACCUCAUAGAAAAGAAGCCUGGGGGAAUCAUUGCUCUACUUGAUGAGGCCUGCAUGUUCCCAAGGUCAACAUAUGAGACUUUUGCUGAAAAGCUCUAUCAAACCUUCAAAGAACAUAAGCGCUUCAACAAGCCAAAAUUAAGACGGACUGACUUCACUAUUUGCCAUUAUGCUGGGGAUGUCACAUAUCAAACUGAGUUAUUUUUGGAUAAGAACAAAGAUUAUGUCGUUCCAGAGCAUCAAGCAGUCCUCAUUGCUUCAAAAUGUUCCUUUAUCUCAAACUUGUUUCCACCCCUACCCGAAGAAAGUUCUAAAUCAGCAAAGUUCUCCUCCAUUGGUACCAGAUUUAAGCAACAAUUGCAAUCAUUGCUUGAGACACUCAAUGCCACAGAGCCUCACUACAUUCGCUGUGUUAAGCCAAAUAAUCUUCUAAAGCCAGAAAUCUUCGAGAAUCCAAAUGUACUUCAGCAACUUCGCUGUGGGGGAGUUAUGGAGGCAAUUAGGAUCAGUUGUGCUGGAUUCCCCACUCGGAAACCAUUUGAUGAAUUUGUUAGUCGUUUUCGUGUCCUGGUUCCUGAGCUUAUGAAUCGCGGUCACAAAGACGUCGAACUUUGCAAACGCGUUAUAGAGAAGGUUGGCCUCAAAGGUUAUCAGCUAUUUAUCAUGCAACACAUUGGAGGAACAAUUUAUCUGGCAAAAGUUAUGUGGUCUAGUAAGCUGAUUGGAAAAACAAAGGUGUUUCUUAGAGCUGGUCAGAUGGCGGAACUAGACUCUCAUCGAAACGAGGUCCUUGCAAGAUCUGCAUGCACUGUUCAGAAAAAUGUCCGCAGAUACUUUUCCCGCAGAAAGUAUAUCAUAUUGCGGGGUUCAGCCAUAGGAAUCCAAACUGCGUGCAGGGGUAAACUGGCACGCAACCUCUUUGAACGCAAGAGGAGAGAAGCGGCUUCUCUGAUGAUGCAAAAGUGUGCACGAAUGUUCAUUGCAAGGAGACAUUAUAGAAUAUUGUGGGCUUCAGCAGUGUCCAUCCAGACCCCAAUGCGCCGGAUGGCUGCUCGUAAUGAGUUUAAAUAUAGAAAAGAAACAAAAGCAGCCAUCUUAAUUCAGAGACAUUGCCGUGGACACUUGUCACGCCUGUCUUAUAAGAGGAUGCAUAAGGCUGCGAUUGCUCUACAAUGUUUUUGCAGGGUUACAUUUGCCCAAAAUGAACUACGCAGGCAUCAGCGGGCAGCAAAAGAAUCAGGUAAUCUGCAAAAACAAGUUGAAGAGCUAACUGAGCAAUUGCGUAUGGAGAAGCGCCAGAGGGUUGAAUUGGAGGAAGCCAAAACCCAGGAAAUUUCUAAACAACAGUCUGCUUUAGGAGAAAUGGUGGAAGCCAAAACCCAGGAAAUUUCUAAACUACGGUCUGAUUUAGAAGAAGUGAAGGAAGCCAAAACCCAGGAAACUUCUAAACUACAGUCUGCUUUAGAAGAAAUGGAAGCCAAAACCCAGGAAAUUUCUAAACUACAGUCUGCUUUAGAAGAAAUGGAAGCCGCCAAAACCCAGGAAAUUUCUAAACUACGUUCUGCUUUAGAAGAAAUGGAAGCCGCCAAAACCCAGGAAAUUUCUAAACUACGGUCUGAUUUAGAAGAAAUGAAGCUUCGGUUUGAAGAAGUUAAACAAUUUCCCACAGACAUUGGAAAGACUGCUAGCGUGGAGGAAGCCAAAACCGUGGAAAAAGCAAACCUACAGUCAGCAGAAAAGAUUGAUGAGCAGAUGAUUGCUGCCCAAGUGGUCAUUGAUCGUGAUGAUCCUGAAGCGUUUAAUAAGCUUACUGAUGAAAAUGCAAAGCUUAAGGGUUUAGUUGCCUCACUGCAGAAGGACCGUGAUGAAAAAGACAAGCAGCUUAUGGAUGCAGAGUCCAAAGUAAUUGAGCUAAAGACCGAAAACCAGAGGGUUAAUGAGUUAAAUUCUGAUUUUGAAACUGAAGUCCAGAUACUUAGACAACAAGCAUUGUUGAAUUCAGAGUCCAGAAGAAUGUCUGGACACCUUUCAGGAACCCCUGAGCUUUCAGAGAAUGGUGAUCAAGAAGAUGAAAAUGUGUCACCCAAGGAACUCGGCUCAGAAGCUGAUAGGCAGAUGAGCAGAUCCCAAAAUGAGAGGCAGCGGGAGAGUGUUGAUAUUCUUAUCAGAUGUGUCACAGGAUAUAUAGGGUUCAGUGAAGGAAAGCCAGUUGCCGCAUUUACCGUAUACAAAUGCCUUCUCUACUGGAAAUCCUUUGAAGCAGAGAAAACUAAUGUAUUUGACCGUCUCAUUCAGAUGAUUGGUUAUUCUAUAGAGGAUGAGACAAACAACAAUCACAUAGCAUAUUGGAUGUCAAACACAUCUAUGCUAUUGUUUCUACUUCAACAGACACUAAAGGCUACUACUUCAUCUCCACUUCAAACUGCCCAACCAACAUCCUUUUUGGGAAGGAUGUUUAGGUCAUCUUUUACUGCAUCCAGCCUCUCAAUUCGUGGGCUUGAUGGUAUCAAACUGGUUGAAGCAAAGUAUCCUGCUUUGCUGUUCAAGCAACAGCUCACUGCCUAUGUAGAGAAGAUUUAUGGAAUCCUUAGAGAUAACAUGAAAAAGGACCUUUGGCUUCUACUUCCUUCAUGUGUCCUGGCACCUCAAACAGCAGAUGGAAACUCUUCAACCGGUCCCUGGCAAAGCAUCACUGAGAACCUUAACAGACUUCUCGACAUACUGAAAGGAAAUUAUGUAUUUCCAUUUUUUAUCCAGAAUAUUUUUUCUCAAAUUUUCUCUUACAUGGAUGUACAGUUAUUUAACAGCCUCCUUAGCAAAGAUAAAUGUACUCUCAAAAAUGGGGAAUAUGCCAAAACUGGGUUAGCUGAAAUAGAACGAUGGUGUGGGCAGGCAACAGAAGAGUAUGUUGGUUCCUCUUGGGAUGACUUAAAACAUGUAAGGCAGGCUGUAGGAUUGUUGGUUCUGCAAGACAAAGCAAAGAUUACAUACGAUGAUCUUACAACUGACUUGUGCCCUGCUCUGAGUAGUCAACAGCUUUAUAGAAUAUGUACACUUUGCGUGAAUGAGAAGACUACUGAAGCUGUGUCCCAAGAUGUAAUUUCAAGAAUCAAGUUACUAUUAGAGGAUUCGGAAGAAGCUGCCAGUAGUAACUCUUAUAUGCUGGAUGACAGUUUGAUGAGUGUCCCCUUCUCAACUGAAGGCCUUUAUCUUUCCCUCAAGGAUAUUGAUUUUACUGGUGUGAAAACUGCUGAAGAACUCAAUGAAAUUCCAGCCUUUGAUUUUUUAAAAGAAUAAGGCCAGUAAUUCAGUGGUUUCUUCAGCACUACACUACACUUACUUGUUCAGACUUUCCCACGUAAAUAUCAGAAAGAUGAUUGUAUUAGAUGAAGGGUUCUACUUGCAUCCAUGGCACCAUGCAUGCAUGCAUGCAUAAUUGUAUAUAUAUACACAACAGCAUCAUAUCCACCACCCCCCAGGCCAGGCCAUUAUAUUACAGAUCAGAGUUGUUUACUUCCAAAUUUUGUAAAAUUUUAGGUGUACUGUAGUAGAAGGAUAUAUAGAGAGCAUUGUUACUUUGAAUUAUCCUGCAGCUUACUAGCUUAGUACAUAUAUAGAGAUAUGAUCGAACUACCUGGCCUGUACUGUAGCCAAUUCAUGGCAACAUUCUUGAUUGUGUUUGUACUGGGGUAAAAGGCACUCAAAAUAUAGAAUAAAGUUUGUUUUUU